AUGACGUCACCCACACAGAGUGAGAGUUCGAGGUUUUCUUUUAAAAAUUUGAUGGCUGUUCCAGGGAGACCCAAAGUUGACUUUGAUACUCAUCAUGCAAGGCAGAUGCUAGAUCUUGGCUUAUCAAUUACUGAUGUCGCUCAUCAUUUUGGUGUUAGCAGGCCAACUGUCUACAGGUCCCUGAGAUUAUCUCAUCCGGAAGCUUUGAAGCGCUUUACAGACAUCUCUGAUGAAGCUCUGAGAGUUUUGGUGCAAGAAGUGAAUGAUUCUCAUCCAAAUGCUGGCGAGGUAUAUCUUAUGGGCCACCUUAGAUCCAGGAACAUAAAAGUGCAAAGGUCAAGACUGAGGGAUGCACUUCAUCUUGUUGAUCCUGAAGGUGUUGAGAGGAGGAAGAGGAAGACGGUCACAAGAAGGGUCUACUCUGUCCCAUGCCCAAAUUUCUUGUGGCAUAUUGAUGGGACACACAAGCUCAUUCGAUGGAAGUUUGUCAUUCAUGCUGCAAUAGAUGGAUUUUCCCGCCUCAUUCCAUAUCUUCACUGCAGCACUAAUAAUCGCUCUAUAACAGUACUCCAUCUGUUUGAGUCUGCAGUUCAGCAGUAUGGUUUUCCCCUUCGGGUUCGUUCUGACCAUGGUGGGGAAAAUCAAAAGGUGUGGGAAGCCAUGAUCAGAGAGAGGGGGGAAGAAAGCCGACCAGUGAUUGUUGGAAGCUCCGUCCAUAAUGAGCGUGUAGAGCGGCUAAAUUAUGACAUCAAUCAGCAGGUAGUUAGUGUAUUCAAGCAACUGUUUUUUGACCUUGAGGAAGAAGGAAUCCUCGAUGCGGACAACAGCACUGAUCUAUUUUGCCUCCACUAUACAUUUCUUCCACAAAUCAACCAGCACUUACAAGAAUUCAGAGCUGCACACAAUAGCCACAGCAUCUCAACUGAAAGGAACCGCACUCCAGUGCAGUUAUUUUUUCAAAACCAUCACCUUAUUCAGCUGCAUUCAAAUCACGAAGAUCCGCAUCCAGGAAUUUUGGCUGAUGAACUCUUGCAGCGUGGAGACCUGAGACAGGUUAAUGUUGACAGCAUCGGCAGUCCACUCUCCCAACAGCAACUCGGUACUCUGGACGAGCUGGUACAAACCUUCCCCUUGACUAUGGAUUCAAAGGCAAAGUACAGGCGUAUUUCUUCUUUUGUCGCAGAUCAGCUGUUUUAAGGAAUUUGGUGACUUUUUCAUGUCAUCGGGACUUCACAAAGUUUUUGUUUCACAAAGACUAAAAUUGACUCAAUUUGGACUUGAACUUUGGCAGGCCACUAAUGCCUCUGGUUGCUCUCUCCAUUAGUCUCUCAUUUAUGAUCUUUAGAUAAUAAAUUUUUCUUCAAUAAUGAACUAUAAAAAAAGGGAAAUUUGUGAACACAAUUUGCACGUCCCUUGA